AUGAAGUCCCUGUCUCCAGCCAGCGAUUCGCCCCAGCCUUUGUCGGCCGUUGAAGGCGUGAAGAAGCAAGUUGAUGAGCUGGUGUUGCCCUAUCCUCAUGUGAAGAAAUCUGCGUCCGCUUCUUCUUCAGAAGCGGACGCAAAUCCUCAGGCUGUGAAAACAGAUGACUGGAGAAAUGUAUACAAGAGAGCUGCAUUUGCCCCUUCUCCUGCAAGCUACUCACGUGAAGAAGGUGAUGCAGCAUUCCCAAUUGAUGGCAAGGGCAAACAAGCCAUGGAAACCCUAAACAACUCGGAGGUCAAAGAAGAGGAAGAAAGCCCUAAGAAGGAGAUCAAAGAGCAAGAAGAGGUUAAAGUGUGGAAUUUAAGGCCGAGAGUCGCCAAGAGCAAGACCACCAACAACGCAAAAACAACGAAAUCUGCGGGAAACAAAAAGGAUAAUAAAGUCAGCAUUGCGAUUGCUCUAGCGAAAGAGGAGAUCGAGGAAGACAUCUUUGCUCUCACCGGAGCUAAGCCGUCGCGUCGCCCCAAGAAGCGCCCGAAGAACGUUCAGAAACAAUUGGAUGCUGUGUUUCCUGGAUUAUGGUUGCAUUCCAUAUCUGCAGACUCGUACAAGGUAUCGGAAAAUUCUCAUAAGGGCUAGAUUGAUGUUUCGAGGAAGAAGAUGCUCUAGCUGAAUAAUCGUUGUAUUUUCAUGUCAACUUAAGCCCGGAUCACUACUCAGAUUCGACUUUGCUUGUUUAUUUUCAUGUUUUUUUGCUUUUAAAUAA